UACAUAUAUGUAUGUACAUUAUUUUUAAAUACUCAACAAAAUACUCAAAUACAAACCUGACAACAGUAACAACCCCCCAGGACCCAAGAUUCUGUUAGAAAGCUUUCAGCUUUAACAAUCAUGAACUCAUCGCUCUCAAUCUCCAAGUCGGGAGAGUUCUUCUACGGCUGGGAUCUUCUCUACAAGACGGUCCAGUCCGAGGUCAACAAGAAGGCGGACUUGCUGAUUGCUCUCGUUCACUUCCUGCUGACCAAAUACUACAACUUUCGGUGCUUGGGCCUCGGCGAUGAUAAAACAUUGCUGGAUGACGAAAAGGGCAGUGAGCUGCUGCCCGAAUGCUGGAACGAUGACGAUGCCAAAUACUCGCUUCGCUACGUGCACGACAAGCAGCUCUAUCUGCUCCUGGGCCAUAUCACAGACGAUGUCCUGCUGGUCAAUAUAAUGGAUGUUAACACCAAAAAGGUGUCCAAUAUCUGCAUCACCCCGGACACCCUGGUGGUCGUUAUCAAGGGCAACAUUAACACCCUGAUGCCGAACGCUUCGGAGAUCGUCGAUCGCUAUCGCAAUGAGCUGCUGGACCCGGUCUUCACAGGCAACUCGCGUGAGGUCACAACCCAGACGACCAUGAUCAUAGAACGCACGAAUUCCCCGCGUGUUCUCAACCCGAGACGUGGCGCUUUCUACAUGCCGCGCGGAAUUAAUCCCCGCCCAUUUGGUUUCUUUUUUUAACCAAUUAAAGGGUAUGAAAUUAUAAUAAGCAAAUGAUAUAUGCCACUUUUCAAACACUUAUUGGUAGCAGUAAACCAUUAAACCUGA